UCAGAAACAGGUGCGGGUACUCACAUUAACACGAGACAGGGAACGGAGAGGUGAAGCUUGCUGUUAAAUUUAUCCUUAUCCAGUUUCUGCGGCGUCUUUCUGUCACGGUUUUACUCCUAUCACCGACUAAUGGAAAGGGCAUCGUGCUAGGGCCCACCUACGCCAUGUCCUUCGUAAUCCUGAGAGCUACAGUCAGAUAACAAAAUCAUUAUCCAAUUCAGGAGGACAGACGCAACCAGCCUCCUUUACUGAUGGCCUUCUUCCGGCAGCUGAAACUUCUUCUCUGGAAGAAUGGACUGGCCGUUAUCAGACAGCCACUAUGGUCCCUGACUCUGGUCACCUGGCCUCUGAUCAUCUUCAUCAUCAUUGCUGUGACCCGGAACCAAUUCCCUCCAGUAAUAAAAGAUACAUGUUAUGUGGGACCCCGGAACCUACCCAGCACAGGCUUCUUCCCUUUCCUGCAGACCCUCAUGUGCAACACAGACAGCACCUGUUACAACAAAUCACGCCUGGUGGACCCCGCUGCAACAAAGUCAUCUAUAAGAACCUCAAGGGAUACAAGGUCGAACCUAGUGCCGCAGAGUUCCCUGCUGUCAGACCUGUUUCAGGGGGAAGGGUUUUUCAACUUACCUCUCCUCAACGACUCCAGGAAUGAUCCUGCAGCACUGGUUGAGGCCUUUAACAACAUUUUGGGUCCAUCUUUCCAGGGAAGCUCUAAGGUUUCUCUCCUGAACGCCAUGAAUACCACUCUUCUGGGAGAUCAGGAGACCUUAAACAAAAUGCUGGAGUCAGUGAACCUGUUGAAGAGAGCCAUCUGCACCAUGAUGCUGCCCAUGAUGAACACAACCUCACCCAACCCCCUCUGCUAUGCUGUGGUCACUUUCUGCAAGUCCAACGACACUGUGUUUGAAGUCUCGCUCAACACACUCAACAAGAUACUGACAGAGCUGAUGCUGGAAAAACCAGAUAAGAUGAUGAUGGUGGCUGAGGCAGCGGUGUUGGCGUUCAAUCAGCUGCAAAAUCAGACCUCACUGUGGGAAAGCCUUCUUGCUAUUCCCCAGCUCUCCUCCUCUGGUUCUGUUGACCAGGUGCUGGCCAACGCAGAGGCCCUACUGACCAACAUACAGGGUGCUAUGAUUGUCAUCCAGAGCAAUUUCCCUGAAGCCAGUGCCUCACUUUCCACCGUGCAUCCACUCCUUGCUGGAGGCAUCAACAUGAUCCACUAUGCUCAAAACUGGCCUGGCAAAGAUGUGACCAUUUCCCUUGGCGAGGUUGUGACGUUGCCAAAUUACUCACUAAGUGAAAUGGUGACAGGUGUUCUACAAGAGGUGAAAAUUCCACUGCAUAAGGCUAUCGGCCUGACAUUGGACAGAGACAUGGUGCGUUUGUACUUGUGUGACAAGAGCAGUAACCCAUUGUGGCUAAAAGCAGCAUGUGGUGCAGGCACCGUGGACAUGCUACUGGGCUGGAUCAGUCCUGAUAAGGUGGCAAAGCAGGCUCUCCUGGUAUGGAGUAAACAUGUUGCUCCACAUGAUGUGUCCUUCGCCAAAGAGCUGCUGCACAGUCUGAUGGGAGGUUCAUCCCCAAGAGGACAGGGAGGCUCCAACUUCACGAGGUCCCGCCGUAGCGUAGAUACUCAACCACAAAACAAUGACGAGGAGCUCUUUUUGGGGGUCGGUCAAGUGGUGAUGGAUAUUAUAAAAAAUUUGCCGGAACUGGAUAUUGUUGUCCAGAGUGUCCUCAGAACUGGCUUGCAGUCCAUGAAGUCAGCGACACUGGCCCUUGAUACUGUAGAAGAAAUGAUGGCCAAUGUCCUUAAAGAUGCUGAUCAACUUCAAAUGACUUAUCUAACAUUGCUGACAAACCAGUCUGGGGCAAGCGUUUGGAUUAGUCACGUCCUGGACAGCGGGAUGGACGUUAUUACGAAGAUUCUGUCAACUGAGUCUUUAACAUGUGAGGGUCUCUUGGGUCCCUUUGAGUGGCUCUUAAACACAGAGAGCAUAAAGAUCGAGGUGUGGAGAUCAAUGGUCUGUCAGAACAGCUCCGCUCUACAGCAAGCGCUACUAAUGGACUGGCUGCCUUUGGUUCAGAAGGCACAAGAUGUGUACACUGCCCUCACAGGCCAAACAGACUACAACGUGACACUUCCCAUGAUUCUCUCUGAGUGGCACAAGUUGUGCAAUAACAGUAUGCAGGUCGCCGUGCUUUCGCGCAGACUGGCCACAGAGCUGGGUGGAGAAUACUGGAUGAAAUGGAUGCCAGACAACAGCAGUCAAGAUGUUACUGAAACUCUUCAACAAAGUGUUUCCUUGUUCAUGGUGAAUUUUGGAGAAAAGAUUGAGAAGAGUCAACUGUGGCCAGUGGUAAAGGACUAUUUCCACAUGGUUUUCUGGAUUUUGAACUACAGGCCUGAUGUCACAACUCAGCCAGCAAACUGUUCUAUUAACAUCAACGACUCAGCCAUUCAUUGCAAUACUGGUUUGGAAUGGCCACAGUUUGUUCAAGUGAUGACUCAGGCUCUGAUGUCACCGAACCAAGAUUUCGUGGUGAAUUGUCUCAAAGGAUCUGUGCAACUGUUGCAGCAUGUGUUAAGUGACACCUAUAAAUAUAAGGCAGCAUCAUUUUUGAAACAAGAAAUCAAAGGUGGAGAUGCGCUCUCUGCCUACCUGAUAAACCUAAUACAGUACCUGGAUGGCUUUGUCAAAACGAUCUCCAUGCUUCCUGACCAAAACAUCGCUAACCCUGAUGUAAUGCUUCCCCUCAUCGGUAACCUGUUACAGUCGGCAGGUCUGAAACCACUGCUGCCUCUGCUCCUCGGCAAUGGCCCCCUUAAUGUCUCCGCAGUGCUCGAUGUUGCCUCAAGGAUUGGCAGGCUCAACCAGGACAUUUUUACCUUCAAUGAGACAGACCCAACGAUGCCUGAACUGGAACAGUUGAUUAUGCAGUUUCUCUUCUUAGAAGGUAACCUCACCAUGUCUCUUUCACACAUCAUGGGACAAACUCUGCUUACCUAUACAGACUACUUCCACCCUGACGAUGUGGCCCGUCUCAGAGAAGCCAUUCAGCCUUUCAGCAAACAGAACUCAACAGGCGUUGUAGAAGCCAUCCUCAGUGCCAUGGAGCUACUGAAGACAGUGAUGGAUUCUCCAAAUGGUGAUCCAACUAACAUCAUUCUUGGGUACAUACGCCAGCUUCAAGAAUUUGUGAUGUCUCUGUAUAGACUGGGAAGAAUCCAACAUCUCCCAUUACCAAGUGGGCAGCUUAGCACAGCACAAAUCACUGACCUCCACCUGCUUUCCAAGGACUUUCUCAACCUUCUCACCCCAGAGAGCCUCCAGAACCUGUCUCAGGCUGGACCAGAUGCUGCCCAGAACAUUGUUGCACAGAAACUUGUAGCAUUCCUACCACCUGAGAUCCAACAGGAAGCUGCUCGCUUUCUCCAGGAUUUCAAAGCUUUGCAGUAUGAGAUGACGGAAUGUACAGCAGGCCAAAACUGUUUGGCUGGAAUCUCAGAAAUCUUCACGUUCCUGGAUCAGAUAUUAGACAUGAUGCUCUCGGCCAACGGUAAUGUCAGCAUCAGAAUAUCUGCAAACAGCUCUAUUCUGGAGGGACAGGAGUCUGAGGAAAUUAUAUCCAUGUUCUUCCCACUCCUUCUGUCCUCUAAUGAUGCUGCCAAUGUGGAAACGUUGAAACAGACUCUUAAUUUCAUCAGAUUAAUCAUGGCUACACCAAAUGUUACUGUGUCUGAUGUCCAGAAUGCUCUGCAACAGUCAAACCUAACCCUUGGGGAGCUGAACAACAUUGCUGCACUAGCUGGAGCUGCCAACAUAAACGACCUGAUGGUAAAUAUCAAGGAGAUUAUCAAUGCUCGCCAGUGUUUCGAACCACAGCAUAACCAGACGGUGACAGCCCAGUGUGUUAUUGGACUGAUAAAUGGUGUCAGCAGUUUUCUGACACACCUACCUGCUCUCCGUAAUGAGACAGCCAUCCUCUCCCUCAUCCCGUUAAUCAUCAGUAACGCAUUCAGUGAUGUCAUCCAAGUUAACUUCAGCUCCGAUCCUAACAUGGCUCUCUCACACAUCCUGAACAGCACCCUGGCCAACAUCAAGAUGAACCUCCAGCUAAACCACCUGUACACUCCAGAGAUCAUGAAUGAAAUCAGAGUGGUAGAGGGUCUGAUACAACUGGUCGCCAACACAGAGCCAUUUAACAAUUUGAACACCUCCUUGCUGAUGAACCCCAUGUAUGCUCAGAAAGUAUAUCUGGAGAUUGUGGAAUGGUACUUGAAAAGGCUGGAAAAUAUCACGAGCACAAGCGCAGCCUCAGAGCUCCUCCGUCCCUUUUACUACCUCACACAAAUGCAAGUGACAUUACAGCUGGCACAGUUGGAUUUCUCUGUGUUUAUCAGUGAGCAGGUCGAGAUCCUGAUAAACAACCUCCAGUACCCAAUAGAUGGUGCAGGGGUGAGUAAAAUUGGCCAAACAACAGUUGAGAUUAUUCGGCGUCUAUUUGAAUUCAUGACGGUCAACCUAGAAGCUCAGAAUAACAUCCCAGGUUCAGAGCCGUUCUUCAACACAACCAUUCUGCAUGUCACUGAGGUCCAAGUUAAGCUAUACCUUGAUCUUAUACAGAAGUGGAUACAACAACCCAAUGUCCCAUCUGUCCUCAGUAGUAUGCUCCAAUGGGGAGACCCCUCCAUAAAUGUCUCCACCCCUGUGACAGACCUCCAGCAGCUGCUUGAGACAAUAGUUAAUUUUCUCAGAAAUGAUCAACAGGCCUACAUCUUUACCUUUAAUGAGACAGAACCAACGAUGCCUGAACUGGAACAGUUGAUUAUACAGUUUCUCUCCUUAGAGGGUAACCUCACCAUGUCUCUCUCCCACAUCAUGGGACAAAUUCUGCUUACCUAUACAGACUACCUCCACCCUGACGAUGUGGCCCGUCUCAGAGAAGCCAUUCAGCCUUUCAGCAAACAGAACUCAACAGGCGUUGUAGAAGCCAUCCUCAGUGCCAUGGAGCUACUGAAGACAGUGAUGGAUUCUCCAAAUGGUGAUCCAACUAACAUCAUUCUUGGGUACAUACGCCAGCUUCAAGAAUUUGUGAUGUCUCUGUAUAGACUGGGAAGAAUCCAACAUCUCCCAUUACCAAGUGGGCAGCUUAGCACAGCACAAAUCACUGACCUCCACCUGCUUUCCAAGGACUUUCUCAACCUUCUCACCCCAGAGAGCCUCCAGAACCUGUCUCAGGCUGGACCAGAUGCUGCCCAGAACAUUGUUGCACAGAAACUUGUAGCAUUCCUACCACCUGAGAUCCAACAGGAAGCUGCUCGCUUUCUCCAGGAUUUCAAAGCUUUGCAGUAUGAGAUGACGGAAUGUACAGCAGGCCAAAACUGUUUGGCUGGAAUCUCAGAAAUCUUCACGUUCCUGGAUCAGAUAUUAGACAUGAUGCUCUCGGCCAACGGUAAUGUCAGCAUCAGAAUAUCUGCAAAUAGCUCUAUUCUGGAGGGACAGCAGUCUGAGGAAAUUGUAUCCAUGUUCUUCUCACUCCUACUGUCCUCUAAUGAUGCUGCCAAUGUGGAAACGUUUAAACAGACUCUUAAUUUCAUCAGAUUGAUCAUGGCUACACCAAAUGUUACUGUGUCUGAUGUCCAGAAUGCUCUGCAACAGUCAAACCUAACCCUUGGGGAGCUGAACAACAUUGCUGCAAUAGCUGGAGCUGCCAACAUAAACGACCUGAUGGUAAAUAUCAAGGAGAUUAUCAAUGCUCGCCAGUGUUUCGAACCACAGCAUAACCAGACGGUGACAGCCCAGUGUGUUAUUGGACUGAUAAAUGGUGUCAGCAGUUUUCUGACACACCUACCUGCUCUCCGUAAUGAGACAGCCAUCCUCUCCCUCAUCCCGUUAAUCAUCAGUAACGCAUUCAGUGAUGUCAUCCAAGUUAACUUCAGCUCCGAUCCUAACAUGGCUCUCUCACACAUCCUGAACAGCACCCUGGCCAACAUCAAGAUGAACCUCCAGCUAAACCACCUGUACACUCCAGAGAUCAUGAAUGAAAUCAGAGUGGUAGAGGGUCUGAUACAACUGGUCGCCAACACAGAGCCAUUUAACAAUUUGAACACCUCCUUGCUGAUGAACCCCAUGUAUGCUCAGAAAGUAUAUCUGGAGAUUGUGGAAUGGUACUUGAAAAGGCUGGAAAAUAUCACGAGCACAAGCGCAGCCUCAGAGCUCCUCCGUCCCUUUUACUACCUCACACAAAUGCAAGUGACAUUACAGCUGGCACAGGUGGAUUUCUCAGUGUUUACCAGUAAACAGGUCGAGAUCCUGAUAAACAACCUCCAGUACCCAAUAGAUGGUGCAGGUGUGAGUAAAAUUGGCCAAACAACAGUUGAGAUUAUUCGGCGUCUAUUUGAAUUCAUGAAAGUCAACCUAGUAGCUCAGAAUAACAUCCCAGGUUCAGAGCCGUUCUUCAACACAACCAUUCUGCAUGUCACUGAGGUCCAAGUUAAGCUAUACCUUGAUCUUAUACAGAAGUGGAUACAACAACCCAAUGUCCCAUCUGUCCUCAGUAGUAUGCUCCAAUGGGGAGACCCCUCCAUAAAUGUCUCCACCCCUGUGACAGACCUCCAGCAGCUGCUUGAGACAACGGUUAAUUUUCUCAGUAAUGAUCAACAGACCUACAUCUCAAUCAUUAGCAAUAUCACCAUGUCCCUGAGCAAAGCCCUAAUGGUGGCAGAGCAACCAGGUGGCCUAGAGAGUGGCCACUUCUUAGCCACUAUUUUGGAAGCAGUCCAAAGUGCUAUGCAGAUCCCGACCGCAGCCACGGGCCCCCUACCGUUCUUUGUACAGCAGAACAUCCUGGAAAUUGUGCAGGACUCACUUCAGCUCAUUGUCCAACCAGACACAAGUUUUCCCUCAUCACUUAACAUCUCCCUCCUCAUCCUCAAGAGGGCUGAGAGUGUCAUCCAACAGACAUUACCAGACAUGUUCGCUGCAUACCUGCUUUCUGGACUCAAAGUAGCAACCACAUAUUUUGAGAGCAUCUCAGCAGCUGGUGGACCAGACAGCUGGAAUCAGUUGAUUCUGGAUGAGAUGAAAACAGUCCAGAGCCUCCUGCCGUCAAACAGCACAGCCCAGUCCUACGUCUCAAUCCUCAUUAACAUCACUCACUUCAUUUUGGAGUCUGGCCAAGGCAACAUGAGUCUCUGGGCAGGUUUUGAGAGUGCAUCAGAAGAGAAUUUACCCAUAAUCUUUGGCCAGAUGGGCAAACUCUUAGACAUGCUUUGGCCACUUGUCAUGGAAGGCCCAGACUCACAAAUAACUGCUCCAUCUCUGGAAGCCUUUGCUCAUCUUGCUCCUGUCCUGGAGCAGGUGAUGACUGGGAAGGCAGACCAAGACACAUGGGACAAACUUGAAAAGACAUUAGAGCCCCUACUGUCAGCCCUCAAAGGAACAGAGCUGUUGGACAGUGACCCAUCUGUUGUCACACUGUUUGAGAAAAUCAUAGGAAGUAUGGUGAACAACAUGCAAGCACAGAAUGUGAUGAUACUAAGCCUUCAGAUGCCUGUGGUGACCCUGAUGAGAGAAAUUGCACAGUCUGUGAACACCAGUCAGUUUAACCUGUCUGAGUUCUUGGAAAGAAUGCAACUUGCCAUUGAACGCACAGUGCAGGCAGCUGAGCAGGCUAAUGGCACAUUGGAGUGCAGUGAAGUUCUCAAGGAGUGGGAGCCGGUAAGGGAGGCAGCGGGGUUAAGCUAUGCUACCAUUGCCAUGUGGUGCAACAUCAGCUUGCAGCCUGUUUUAGAGGCCUAUGCUGCAGCCCAGACUGUCUACGCCCACACGAACAUAAGUCACAUGAGUGUGGGACCAAUGACUGUGAGCACCACAGCUGCCAGGAUUGUCAUGGCUGUACAAUCUCUCUACCAAGUCAACAUUAACAGCACACUUGCGACAGAGCAGCUCAGCAGCUCUUUCUUCAGCCAGCUCUCUCAGCUUGCAGGCCAGCCUCUGAGCCCUGAGGCACAGGUUUACUGGUACAAGCAGCUCCAAGACAUGCAGUGGCAAAACAGUUUGUCUUCCUUCAAAAUGCUCUCAGAUGAGCUGGUAAGUGUGUUCCCAUUCAUCCAGCCUUACAUUGAAGCUAUAGAGAAAACACUGAGCCACAUCCUGGACAACUACCAUCUCAUUCAAGUCAACAACUCAUCCCAGGACCUCUUCGGAGAAGCAGCAAUGAUCUUCCUAUCCUCUGCAAACAUCAAGUCAAACGACAUCUACCCCAUGAUGGAGGGAUUUUUUUCUAGACUCAAUGAAGCAAAUAUUACUGACAUGAUGAGGGAAGCUGUCAAAGUGGUGAUUGACAUGAAUUUAUUUGGGAAUGCGCCUAUGGUUUCCCAAGCCUUGGAGCAAUUUCUGGCAUCCAACGACUCAAGCAUGAUUGUGCAGAAGGUGGCCGAGAUGUCAACAUGGAUGGCCUCCACUCAUGCGUCUGGACUGGAUCUGCUGACUCAGGCUCUGCCCAAAAUCUACGACAUCCUCAGGCCUCUCUUGUCUGUUCUGACCCAGACGAGCAUGGACAUACCAGCAAACAUGGAGCUUUUUGAAGACCUCGCUGGAAACAUAAUUGCAAUGCUGAGACAGUUUGUAAGCACCAGUGGUCUUCUAACCCCUAUGGACUACCAUCCGAGUAUGUUUCAGCAGGAAAUGGCAGGCAGUAACCAUACAACAAGGGUCCGAAACAGACGCGAGGCCCCGUUGAUGCGGACAAGGGACCCCAUGGAUGACUUCAUAGACAUGUUCUACGUUGACUACCCUGCCAUGUUCAAAGCCAUCUCUGUUCCUGCUACCACAACAGAAAUUAUGGAGACAGUCAAUGUGUUCUUUGCCAAUCCUGAUCUGAGCGUUGUGGUGAAGGGAGCUACAAGCGACAUGCCGUGGGGCUUAAAUGCCUCUCGGGAAGAGACCAUUGAUGCUGCCCUUGGGGUACUCUCCUUCUUCACUCUCCCUGGCACGUUUCAGAUGUCAUCAAUGGAUCUCCUGACAAAUGCUGUCGAUAUGCUUCCCGAUGGCUUUCCAUUCUCUGUGCUUAAAAAUAUCACCAGAGCACUUGCUGGUGAAUCUGAAGAGAACCUGAUGCUCAUGCAAGAGAUCAUCCAAACAGCUGCUGAGCUCCUCCAGAUCAACCUGACGGACCCUCGAUUCACAGAGCAUUUUGGCCACCUGGGAUCCAAGGUGUGCACCUUGGAGAAAACAGAGUCUGUGCGUCUGCUGAUGUGGGCCCUCUCCGUUGAGCCUGGUCAGCUGUGUAACACUCUUCUACCCAGCCUGCAGAUGUUGGUUGAAACUCUGAUGAUGAACGGGACAUCUCUGACCGAUACCAUAUUCCAGACUGUCAUCGGAGACCCUAAAACCUACGAUGUCCACUCACAAUGGUCCUCUGUGUUGAGUAAAGGUUUAGACUUUAACACCACCAUGCUGAGCUCUUUCAACAUUAACAUCACAUCCCCAGGAGUGGUGACGGUCGGUGAGAUGCUGAGGAAUGAAACAGCCUUCCUUGUGGAUGUUCAGCAACACAUGCAUUUUGAUCCAGCUGCUCUCCUCCUCCUGAUGGAAACCACACUACCAAACAACAACUUAGAGAUCCUGUCUUGGUUCAUCAACCUGCGUCAUUGCAGCUCCAAAGCGGCCAAAGAGACAGAUGAGGUCAUCUUAAACACCUUCUGCUCCUUGUCUGCUGAACAGUGGUACAGCUUCUCACUGCUGAUGGCUCGCCAUCUCAACAUGGAGAAACUCAUCUACAGAAUGGUGUUGUCUGAAGAAAUGCAGAGCCUGGUGGGAGUUUUGCUCAAGAUGGCUGAGACUAUAACCAACAUGAUGAACAUGAUUCUUCCUGCCGUUGGUCAACUUCAAACCCACAUGCUCUCCAUCCAAGACCGCAACCUGGUGGCCAACAACGAAUUUAACGAAAUGGUGAGAGGACAGAGGUCCAGCAUCUCUAGCAGAGCUACAUUUGUCACCCUCUCUCGUGCGUUGUGCAGUAAAGGUAUCCUGGCUCUGCUUGGAAUCUCCAAACUCCCUGUCAUGCCAGAGUCAAAUGCCUCCUUUCCUAACGACCGCCAGAGGGAGGAGAUGAUUGAGAGGUUCAAGAUUCCACAAAAUGCCAGUCCCUUCUGUAUGAACAUGUACCUGGACAUGGUCAAUACCACAGGAGGAGCCAUCGCCUGGGCCUUCCUCAAACCCAUGCUGAUGGGACAAAUUCUGUAUACCCCUGACACACCUGUCACCAGGGCUAUAAUGGAGAAGGCAAAUGCCACCCUGCAGGAGUUUGCAAAUCUGAGGAAGUACUCCGAUGACUGGAUUAAGUCCUCCAACUACAUUGUAAAUUCGGCCCAAAUACUCAGCCACACAUUACCAAUGCUGCAGAAUUCCCUCGGCAAUUCCUUUGUUGUGAGUUUCAUUGAGAUGCUGACAGACAUCAAUGUCGGCACACUGAAGGAGACGCUCAGCAACUUCUCUAACAUGACCGUCAUGCUGGAGAGUAACAAACCCUUACUGGAUCAGAUCACCGUCUUGUCCACCCUGAUGGUAAACCUCUCCUCCUGUAUCAAGUUUGACCGUUACCGUGGAUACGACUCUGCUGAUGAGCUCAACACUGCAGCUCAGGACCUUGCCAAAAACCGUGAUCUCUAUGCAAGUGUCAUCUUCAAGCUUCCCAAAGACGAGAACUCCUCCACAUCCUCUCUACCUCCCAAAGUCAGCUACACUAUCCGCAUGCACAUGGACAACGUCAUGCGAACUGACAGAGUUCGGGACCCCUAUUUUGUAAAAGAAAACCACAUCUCGGGUGGUCAGAGAAUGCGCUACAACCGUGGCUUUAUCUACCUGCAGGAGAACAUUGAUCGGGCUAUCAUUGAGACCCAGACUGGACAGAGAGUCACGGAGCCAGCUGUCCAGCUGCAGCCCUUCCCCUAUCCCUGCCACCCCCGGGAUGAGUACCUGGAGGCCAUCUCUUUUGUCUUCCCAAUCAUGAUGAUGAUAGCCUGGGUGCUGUUCGUUGCUGAUUUUGUGAAGAAACUGGUGCAUGAGAGGGAGCUGAGGCUGCAUGAGUACAUGAAAAUGAUGGGAGUCAACCCGCUCAGCCACUUCUUUGCCUGGUUCCUGGAAUGCGCCGCCUACUUGCUGGUGACCAUCUUCAUCCUCACGCUGGUGCUGAAGUACGGCCGAAUUCUGCCCAACAGUGACGGCUUCAUCCUUUUCUUGUACCUCUGCGACUAUGGUUUGAGCAUCCUGUCCUUCAGUUACCUGGUCAGCUCCUUCUUUGACAAGACCUACAUUGCCGGCCUGAGUGGCAGCCUCCUUUACAUCCUCUGCUUCUUCCCCUUCAUUGUGGUCGUGGCCCUGGAGACAAAUCUCACCUUUUCCCAGAAGAGCGCCCUGGGUUUGUUUUCCCCGACCUGUUUCAGCUAUGCCAGUCAAUAUAUCUCUCGGUACGAGUCCCAAGGAGAAGGCAUUCAUUGGAGCAACUCAUACACCUCGCCCAUUGCUGGAGACACGGCUUCGUUCGGUUGGCUGUGCUGGCUAAUGCUCAUCGACUCCAUCCUCUACUUCCUCAUCGGGGGUUACAUCCGCAUGGUCUUCCCAGGAAACUACGGCAUUUCUGCCCCUUGGUACUUCCCUUUCAAAGCCUCCUUCUGGGCUGACCUAUGCUGUUGUGUGAAGUCAAACAUUAAGAUAGGAAGAGGACUCCUCUUCACCAACAUCAUGCAGAAAAACCAGCCUGUCUUCUCCGAUGACAAGGGAAAAGGUCAGAGCACUCUUUCCUCUCAGGCCGGGGAGGAUUUCUCAAAUCUCCCAGUGGGCGUUGCCCUCCAUGGUCUCAGCAAGAGCUAUGGCGACCGCGUAGCUAUUCAAAACCUUAAUCUUUCCUUCUACGAGGGCCAAAUCACCUCACUGCUUGGUCACAAUGGAGCCGGCAAGACCACCACCAUGUCUCUCCUGACUGGCCUUUUCGCCCCAUCUUCGGGCACCAUCGAGGUGUACGGCAGAGACAUGCAAACCAACAUCGAGGAUGUUCGCAGGGAGCUAGGAGUGUGCAUGCAAUAUGACGUCCUCUUUGACCACAUGACCACCAAGGAGCACCUGCUGCUGUAUGGCCAGAUCAAGGCCCCACACUGGUCAUACAGGGAACUACUUGAACAAGUCCGCACGAUCCUAGAGGAGACAGGCAUGUACUCUCACAGACACAAGCGGGUGGGCACCCUGUCAGGAGGCAUGAAGCGAAAGCUGUCAAUCUCCAUCGCCUUCAUAGGGGGGUCUCGCUUGGUGGUUCUGGAUGAACCCACCACAGGAGUCGAUCCCUGCUCCAGGCGCAACAUCUGGGACAUUGUUAUCCAGUACAAGAAACAGCGCACCGUCAUCAUGUCCACCCACCACCUGGAUGAGGCCGAAGUACUGAGCGACCGCAUCGCCUUCCUGGAGAGAGGAGGAUUAAAAUGCUGUGGAUCCCCCUUCUACCUGAAAGACAAGCUGGGUCAGGGCUACAAACUCACUCUCACCAAGAAGCAGAUGCAGAACCUAGAAUCUGAGAGGAUGGACAAUGCGGAACUGAAGGCCUUCAUCCAAGCUCAUGUACCGGAAGCACGACUAAAGGAUGCCCAGGGAGGUGACCUGGUUUACUUACUGCCCCCCUUUACCUCAUCCAAUGCCUCCUCAUAUCGCUCCCUCCUGACCGCGCUGGACUCCAACCAGGACGCCCUGCAGCUGGGGGGCUAUGGCAUCUCUGACACCACCCUAGAGGAGGUGUUCCUCCAGCUGACUGACAGAGAAGAUGGGGCUGACGGCCACCUGUCUAUCUCAGAGACAGUUUCCGACACUGAUUCCAUUGACAGCUUCCCUUCAGACUCCAGUGGAAGCAUCUCAAGCUUUGAUGACAAAAUCAAGCUUACCGGUUCAUCCGUGGUGAGCGGCAUGGCCCUGGCCUGGCAGCAGAUGGCUGCCAUACUGAUCAAGAGGUUCCACCACAGCCGCAGAGACUGGAAGGGCCUGAUCUCCCAGAUCCUACUCCCUGUUCUGUUCAUGGUGUUUGCUAUGGGCCUGGGCUCCAUCAGGAGCGACCUGAGGCACUAUCCUGAGCUGGAGCUCAGUCCUGCGCUUUACAACUUGGGACCGAGCUACUCUUUCUUCAGUAACCAAAAUCCCAACUCCGCCCCGCUGAUGGACACCAUGUUGUCAUUCCCCGGGAUCGAUAACGCCUGCCUCGACAAGCCCGAUAACCCGGUUUGCACAAGAAGCACAAACAACUGGAGUUCCAGUGGGAACAGCUCCAAAGCAUUUAGCGUCUGUAAAUGCACCAGUAAGGAACAGAUCUGUGAUGUGGACAGCUACCAGCCGCCACAUAAGAUGAUCCCUUCAUCUCAGAUUGUGUAUAACCUGAGUGGCAUCAAUGUGGAAAACUAUCUGGUGGCCACAGCAAAUGACUUUAUCAGGGACAGGUAUGGUGGCUUUGAUUUUGGCAUGCGACUCCCUUCUGACUUUAAAAUGGACGUCACAGCGGUUCCAGAAAACCGUACUCUGUCUAAGGUCUGGUUCAACCCAGACGGUCAACACACAAUGCCAGCAUACUUAAACAGCCUCAACAACCUUAUCCUACGUUCCAAUCUUCCAGCAGACAAGGAUCCACGUGAAUAUGCCAUUUCAGUUUCCAGUCACCCCUAUUUCGGUCGGGCGGAUGAUGAAGAUGCAAUUGUCCAGGGAAUUCUUCAUAUUCUCGUGGCCAUGUGUGUGCUGACGGGUUUUUCAAUCACGACAGCCAGCUUCGCCAUCUAUGAAGUCAACGAACACCACAGCGGCUCCAAGAGGCUCCAGCACAUCUCUGGCAUCAGCGAGCCUUUCUACUGGGCUGUGAACUUCUUUUAUGACAUGGUCAUGUAUUUAAUCCCUGUGACCUUGACUGUUGGUGUGACCGCAGCCUUCCAGAUUCCAGCAUUCACUGAACGGCAAAAUUUGGGUGCUGUCACCCUGCUUCUGGUACUCUUUGGGUUUGCUACCUUCCCCUGGAUGUAUCUGUUAUCAGGCGUGUUCAAGGAUGCGGAGAUGGCCUUCAUCGCCUAUGUGUGCAUCAACCUCUUUAUCAGUAUCAACACCAUCAUGUCCACCUCCAUCCUAUACUUUCUGGGUGAAAUUUCAAUGCGCAAUUCUGAGUUUGUCAAGGAGAUCUUCAGCAGGCUGAGCAACGCCUUCCUCAUCUUCCCCCAGUUCAACUUUGGGAACGGGCUGAUGAAGCUGGCCAGGAUGAACAUAGAGGUCCAGCUGCUCAGUGGCUACGGCAUUGACGCCUAUCAGAACCCAUUCUCCACAGAUGCCCUGGGCUGGAUGUUCAUCUCCUCCUUCAUCCAAGGCGUGGUCUUUUUCACCCUGCGCCUCCUGCUCAACAGGUUUCUCAUACGCAAAGUCAGGAAUUUGAUUUGUGGCAGAAAAACGGUGCCACUGGUGGCUUGUGAGGAACAGGAUGUGGAUGUAGCGACUGAGCACCAACGGGUGUCCAGUGGAGAAGCCAGCACAGACAUACUGCAGGUCAACCAGCUGACUAAGGUCUAUCAGCACCUCGGGAAGAAGGUCCAUGCUGUCAAGAAGCUCUCUUUGGGCAUCCCUGCAGGAGAGUGCUUUGGUCUCCUGGGAGUGAACGGAGCAGGAAAAACAACCACCUUCAAGAUGCUGACCGGAGAUGUUAGCCCCACUGAUGGCACAGCACAGAUCAGGGACUGGGAUGGGCGCUUGGUCAACAUCAUGGAGUGCCGUAACAAGGGAAUUAACAUCGGCUACUGUCCCCAGGUGGAUGCGCUGGACAAUCUGCUCACUGGAAAAGAGCACUUGUACUUCUACGCUCGCAUUCGAGGCAUCUCAAAGAGGAAGAUAGACGGGGUGGUGACCUACCUACUGAAGAGGUUGCAGCUGAGCUACCAUAAAGAUAUCAUUACUGAUGGUUACAGUUGCGGCACCCGCAGGAAGCUCUCCACUGCGCUGGCUCUAGUUGGGCAUCCGCAAAUCCUGCUCCUGGAUGAGCCAAGCUCUGGCAUGGACCCUCGCACCAAGCGUCACCUGUGGAAAAUCAUCUCUGAAGAAGUGAAAGGAAAAUGUGCUGUGGUCCUCACCUCUCACAGCAUGGAGGAGUGUGAGGCACUGUGCAGCCGUCUUGCCAUCAUGGUGAAAGGUCAGUUCCGUUGCCUGGGCUCCCUGCAGCACAUUAAGAACAGGUUCGGCAGUGGGUUCACUGUGAAGAUGUACUUGGCCGAGGCCUCCUGUGACGCAGAGGCAAUCACUGGCUUCAUGCGGCGCCAAUUCCCCAGCACUUAUCUCAAGGAUCAGCACUCCUCUAUGGUGGAGUACCAUGUACCAAUUGCUCCUGGAGGGGUGGCUGACAUCUUCGACCAGCUGGAGUCCAACAAGAAUGCUCUGCAGAUCAAACACUUCUCUGUGAGCCAGACCACACUGGAUGAGGUCUUCAUCAACUUUGCCAUGGAUAAGAUCGGGAUGGAAUCCAUAUCACUUGACAGCGAAGAUGAAUGUGAUGACCUGGACUCCAUUAAAGCAGUAGAAACAUAGAGCUGACUGCCAUCUUUCCUUAACCAUUUUGUCUGUGUCCACUAUAAAAUAAAGCGCAAUAUGUGUUUAUAGUAAGUCUGCCCUUACUAUAUAUGUGAAAAAUAAGAGUUUAAGCCAUUAAUGUUUUCAAAAUACUGAUUCUGUUUCGAAAGUGUCUUGACUAAUCACAUAAAGGGCAACUAUUAAUUAAAAGUAGAAGGGGAUAUGCACACAUACAUGCACGUGGAACAUGUUGAUAUACAUUGAAGUGUCUUAUCUAACACGUCACACAGCUUAAUAUUUAUGAAGGAUAGGAUGAAUCAUAUAGACUUUUAAUUGUUCUCUGUGGGUGGGUCACUGCUUAUUUAUAGAUUAUUAUAACAGAGUAAAU